CCAAUGAUCGCUUGCAUCACUCAAAGCAAAAUGGCGUCGCUUGGUCAAGGAUGCUGAGAAAUAUCGACGCAGAGUUCAAAUUAGACAUAUGUUGCCAAUUCAUAAAUCCAUAAACACAUAUAACUAAAGAAUGAAGGUAGUCAACCUGAAGCAAGCCAUCCUGCAGGCUUGGAAGGAGCGCUGGAGUGACUACCAUUGGGCUGUUAAUAUCAAGAGGAAUUUCCCAAAGGGAGCAACAUGGGAAUAUCUUAACCUCGCAGAGGCGUUAAUGGAGCAGGCGCUGAUUGGUCCAUCUCCUAACCCACUUAUCUUGUCAUAUCUCAAAUAUGCCAUAAAUUCACAGAUGGUGUCUUAUUCGAGUGUGCUCAUCGCCAUUAGCAAGUUUGAUGAUUUUUCUCGCGAUCUGUGCGUCAAGUCCCUCCUGGAGAUCAUGGACAUGUUCUGCCAUCGCCUCACUUGCCACGGGAAGGCCGAGGAGUGCAUCGGGCUGUGUCGUGCGCUGCUUGGGGUGGUGGUGUGGCUGCUGCAGGGCUGCGCCUGCUAUUGCGAGAAGCUGAGGGAACCGGCUCCGUUGGGGGGCACCGAGGCCUGUCUGACGGAGUGCUGGGAGAGGCUGCACAAACUCAUGAGCAGCACCAAAAACAGAGCCCUGGUGCACAUCGCUCGGCUGGAAGAUCAAGGAUCCUGGAGUAAUGUCGAGCAGGCUCUUCUUAAAGUGAGCGACGGCCUCGGCUCUAUAUCGAACUCCUCGCUGCGGACUCAAUUAGAGGAAAGCUUGUCACUGGUGAAAGGCAUUCCACAGAUGCUGUCGGUGCAGUGUGACCCGCUGCUGCACGCCUCCUUCCCGUCAAUCCACACCUUCAUCAUGCUGGAAGGGACCAUGAAUUUGACAGGGGAGACGCAGCCGAUGGUGGAGCAGCUGAUGAUGAUCAAGAGAAUGCAGAGAAUCCCUAGUCCAUUCUUUGUGCUGGAAAUCUGGAAGGCGUGUUUUACCGGCCUCAUCGAGUCACCAGAGGGCACUGAGGAGCUGAAAUGGACUGCCUUCACCUUCCUCAAGAUUCCACAAGUUCUGCUGCGGCUGAAGAAGUACCCUCAGAGUGACAAAGGACAGGACUUUACGGAGGAUGUGAACGUUGCCUUUCAGUACCUCCUCAAACUGACGCCACUGCUGGACAAAGCUGACCAAAGAUGCAACUGUGACUGUCUGGGCAUGCUGCUCCAGGAGUGUAACAAGCUCGGCCUACUGUCCGACUCCAACACGGAGGUCCUCACAUCCAAACGGACGGACGACAGGAAGUUCUCCCCAAAACUGAAAACCGCGGAAAAUGCUAACAUCCAACCGAACCCGGGCCUCAUCCUCCGAGCUGAGCCCACCGUGACCAAUAUUCUCAAGACGGUGGAUGCAGACCACUCCAAGUCUCCGGAGGGCCUUCUGGGUGUCCUUGGUCACAUGUUGUCCGGCAAGAGCUUGGAUUUGCUCCUGGCGGCCGCAGCCGCCACAGGGAAACUCAAGUCCUUCGCCCGAAAGUUUAUCAAGCUUAAUGAGUUUCCCAAGCACAUCAGCGGUGAAGGAUCCAAGUCCGCUUCCGUCCGGGCCCUGCUCUUCGACAUCUCCUUCCUGAUGCUUUGCCAUGUGGUGCAGACGUACGGCUCAGAGGUGGUCCUUUCUGACCCCAGUCCCUCAGGGGAGACUCCCUUUUUUGAGACAUGGCUACAAACGUGUAUGCCCGAGGAAGGGAAGAUUCUGAACCCGGAUCACCCCUGCUUUCGGCCUGAGCCCGGAAAAGUCGAGAGUCUGGUGACCCUGCUCAACAAUUCCUCUGAGAUGAAGCUUGUUCAAGUGAAAUGGCACGAAAUCUGCCUCAGCACCCCGGCGGCCAUUUUGGAAGUUUUGAAUGCAUGGGAGAACGGCGUGCUCUCUGUGGAGGCGGUGCAGAAGAUCACUGACAACAUCAAGGGCAAAGUUUGCAGUAUGGCGAUCUGCGCGGUGGCGUGGCUGGUGGCCCACGUCAGGAUGCUGGGACGGGACGAGAGGGAGAAGCCUCAGACCAUGAUCCGCCAGCUCGUCACCCCGCUCUAUGGCGAAAACACGCUGCAGUUUUACAGCGAACGCGUGAUCAUCAUGAGCUCCAUCAUGGAGCACAUGUGUGCCGACGUCUUCCAGCAAACGGCGGCGACGCUGCGGCCCCCCAUGGAGGGCCAGGAGCCCAUACCCUACCGCAACCUGCUGCCGGCCAAAGAGCCCAUCCGGGCCGCCCUCACCAAGCAGUUCCAGCUGGUGCUGCGCAAAGGCUGGGUGGACAGUCGAGCGCUGCAUCUCUUCCAGAGUCUGCUCAACAUGGGCGGCGUCUUCUGGUUCACCAAUAAUUUGGUCAAGGAGCUGCUCAAGGAAACUCGGCAGGAGUGGGCCCAUCGUGUGGUGGAGUUGCUUUACAGCAUCUUCUGUCUGGACAGUCAGCAAAUCACCCUGACCUUGCUGGGCACCAUCGUGCCCAACUUGCUCACCGACUCCGCCCACUGGCACAGCCUGGUCGACCCGCCUGGCAAAGCACUGGCCAAGUUGUCUGUGUGGUGCGCACUCAGCUCAUACUCAUCCAACCACAAAGGUUCCUGCUCCGCUCAUCAACGGAGAAGACAGCGAGAAGACAUCGAGGACUACAGCAGCCUCUUUCCCUUGGAUGACACGCAACCCUCCAAGCUCAUGCGUCUCCUCAGCUCCAAUGAGGAUGAGCCUGUGGCGCUUUCCAGUCCAGGGGACCGAUCAAUGAGCAGCUCCCUCUCUGCCUCCCAGCUGCACACGGUCAACAUGAGAGAGCCACUCAACCGCGUCCUGGCCAACCUGUUCCUGCUCAUUUCCUCCAUCCUGGGCUCCAAGAUGGCGGGCCCUCACACGCAGUUUGUGCAUAGUUUCAUGGAGGAGUGUGUGGAAUGCCUGGAGCAGGGAAGUCGCGGAAGCAUCCUGCAGUUCAUGCCUUUUACAAUGGUCGCUGAGCUGGUGAAGCUGCCCGCUCUGGCCAAACCCAAAGUGGUCUUGGCUGUCACUGAUUUGAGUCUACCCCUGGGGAGGAGAGUAGCAGCCAAAGCCAUCGCUGCCUUGUAACGCUUGAGGUUCUUUCGCCAAAAGUUCGGGAUUUUCAGCUUAUGGGUGAAACUUCAGGAUCAACCCCCCC